UGUAAAUAUGGCUCCAGGGUGCUACUUGUGAAUUUGCAAACAAACUAAUCUCUAGAAGUAGAUUCAUUGUUUGCAUCAGCCUAAAAUGGCUGCCUUAAGAUUGGGCCGGUUGUUUGCACCUUCAAAGCAAGCUCUAAAGCAUUGUCCAUUGUACAAGUGUACAAUGAGCAGCUAUGAGUCUAAUUACGACAUUAUGGUAAUUGGUGGAGGUAUUGUGGGCCUAGCUACAGCAAGGGAGAUAUUAUUAAGAUAUCCAGAGAAGAAGAUUGCUGUACUUGAGAAGGAAAGAGAAAUUGGAAUGCAUCAGUCCGGUCAUAAUAGUGGUGUUAUACACACUGGUAUAUAUUAUACUCCUGGUACACUGAAAGCUAAGCUGUGUGUAAGAGGAGCUGAUCUAAUGUACCAGUACUGUGACAAGAGGAACAUACCCUACAAGAGAGCAGGGAAGGUCAUUGUGGCUGUGAAUGAAAACGAGAUACCCAGACUUAAGAACCUUUACGAGAGAGGUUUAACAAAUGGGGUUAGAGACUUGAAACUCAUCGGCCCAAAGGAACUGAGACAGAUAGAACCAUACUGUAAGGGCGUGAUGGCUAUUCAUUCCCCUAACACUGGUAUUGUCGACUAUACUAAAGUAACUGAGUCUUAUGCUGAAGAAAUUAAAGAAAGAAAAGGUACAAUUUAUACCGGAUUUGAGGUGACUGGGUUUGUAAAGCAAAACAGUGACGGGUCUGGUAAAGAUAGCGUGGGGGUUCAAUGCUAUGGAAGACCAACUUUAUCAGCUCACAAUGUCAUCACGUGUGCAGGAUUGUUCUCUGAUCGUAUGGCAAGAAUGUCAGGGUGUAGCAGUGAGCCAGCCAUCGUCCCUUUUAGAGGAGAAUACCUUGUACUCAAGUCUGACAAAAGCUACCUUGUCAACGGGAAUAUUUAUCCUGUGCCUGAUCCACAGUUUCCCUUCCUCGGUGUUCACUUUACGCCAAGAAUGGAUGGGACGAUAUGGCUGGGACCUAACGCCAUACUUGCAUUUGCAAGGGAAGGAUAUAAAUUCACUGACUUUAGUUUCAAAGACUUUCAAGAGUCUAUGAGAUUUAGGGGACUACGUAAAUUAAUAGCUAAGAAUUUUAAAUAUGGCGCUCAGGAAGUCUUCAAAGGUGCUAUAUUGACAGCUCAAGUAAAGGAACUUCAGAAGUAUGUACCUGAAAUCAAAUCCUCGGACAUACAAAGAGGCCCAGCUGGUGUUAGGGCUCAAGCAAUGGACAGAGACGGUAAUCUCAUCGAGGAUUUUAUUUUUGACCAAGGGACAAGCGAGAUUGGUAGCAACAUGCUUCAUGUGAGGAACGCUCCAUCACCAGCAGCUACUUCAAGUCUAGCCAUUGCUGAAAUGAUUGUCGAUAAAGCGCAGGACACCUUCAAAUGGGACAAAAUGCCAUAAAACAUUUUUUUAAUGAUAAAAAUAAUAAUUAUUUAUUGUUGAUAAUUAAA